AUGGCACCAUCCGGACCCCCACCAGGCACUCCGUACCAGCCACAGACCGUCAAUGUUGGUGAAGUCCCCACCGUCGACGUCGAUGUCCCAAUCUGCAGUGUAUUAAUGUUCCUUUUCCUUGAUGGAGCCGUCUGCCAUAUGACCAUCCUGCAAAUCAACCUGAGUCGAGGCCACAAGUUUCUGAUGAGCGGCAUUCUGUUCGGCUUCUUGUGGGCGGUCUACCCCGAGGUCACCCAGAUAGCCAUUGCCGCAGCCGUCUUCGUCCCAAUCGGCGUGCUCCUUCUGUUCUUCGUACACCUCAUCUUCGCACAACGAAUCCUUCGAGCUUCUCAUCCUCACCUGGGAAGGGACAAAGCGAUCUCAACCACCUUCAAGAUCCUGUACGGCUUGAUAGUCGUCAUGCUUGCCAUCAUAAUCACCGCAACUGUGGACUCCUUCGUUCUUAAACCCAACGCCCACAGCACUAUCCUGGGUCUCACCAUAGCUGCGGUGACCUAUUUCCUAAUCCUGUCAUUCCUACCCAUCCCGAUCGUCAUCUUAUCCCUUGUAAUUCCUCGAAAGACUAGAGUCGAGAAGGUUGGAAGUGGGUGUUGGUGGAGUAAGGUUGCCGUCCUCCUCACUUCGUCGGUCCUCCUAUGCCUGAGAUCAUCGUUCCGCGCCUCAAUGACACACAAAGACCCCUGA